UCAAUCUCUCAGUAGCUGUCAUUGAAGUUUAGCAUUUGAAGACGAAUUGUUAAGCCAAAUCAUUUAUUAUGAACAAUGAGGAACUGUUUUGUUCUGGAAGUGAUACUGUUAUAUUUAAUUUCGUUUGUUAAAUUGGAUAAUAAUUUUGUAUUCAAACUGAAAGAUGCGCCACAACUUUACAAAGAUUUCACUAAGAGAUAUCAUCGGACGUUCGCAAGUGAAUACGACUACAACCAGAGAUAUUUGAAUUUCAUUCAAACUUUGAGGUACAUAAAUAGUAUAAAUGCACAAACAUUCACCCAGCAGAAGGUUUUACCGAAUCAAUUUGCUGAUUAUUCUGAUGAUGAGAGAAGAGAUUAUCUAAGAAAAACAGCGAAGCGCAUAGACCCUGAACUAAGAAUGAUAUUGAGGAUGAAUGAAAACCCUGAGGAAAGCAAGGAAGACAUGUUUCGAACUCAGCAGACAGAAAGAACGGGAUAUGGUAUACGUACAUACGCGUAAUAAUUUGACAAAACAGUGCUACGAGUAACAAAGCAAUGAAAUGCAUAAAAGUAAUGAAUAAUAUACAACAGGUCUCAGUAUUUUUAAUAAUUUAUUCGGUUGUGUGUGACAAUGAGUCAACACUGAAUGCGAUUCCCUAAAUACUCCUUCAAAGGCACAAGAAACUGGCAGCCAUCCUCAAAGCGGUCGAAUAAGUAACUGAAACACUGAGGCUGUAACAGAACUGUUCAAUUCCUACCAAAUUGUUCGGAUUUCCGGCUAGAUGAGAGUUCUCCCAAAGGGUUAAGCUAGUUUUGAACUUUAUGUUUGUAUUCAAGCGGCGAAGUUGUCAUAAAUAUUGGAGCCUCUGCUUGUCUAACUGGCGAGAACUACAUCAAACUGCUUUGUUGACGCAAAAGUUGGGGCAGCUCAAUAUCCUGUUCCUCGUAAAGUGGGCGAUUAUGAGGCCCCAAGUAAUUGUUUACGAUAAUAGGACGAUACUUCUUUCUACAACAAAAUCGUAAUCCUUAAUGAUUUCAUUUUCGGUAAAAGCAACCCUUUCUUUGGAUUGCCAUUAAAUUAAUUCACUUUUAAUCGGCCUCAUGAACGCCAAAUCCACGAAACGAGUAAAGAGAUGUAAAAUAAAUAGGAGGUUAUAACCGCAUUUUAUACUCAUUUUCAAUUUUCAAUUUUAGAAUUCCAUAAAGUUUGGUAGCGAAUACCAAAAAACGUUAAAAUAAUUUUGAAUAUGAAGCGUAAGAAUUUAAUAAAAUAUAAUAUAUUUUUUAGUGUCUGAUAUAAAUAAUAUUGGUAAUAUCCGAAAAGGCGAGAUAUAAAAGUUUUAAGCUUUCUUUUGUUCCAUUGGACACAGAGUAACAUAAUCCGCGUACGUUGGCUUGUCUGCGGUGUCUGAUGCCUUUGAGAAAUUGUCACGCCAAAGAUUUAGCGGUCCUAAAGCCGUCUGUCUGCCGAGACAAACAUUUUCAAUAACCCCGACUAAAUGAAGUGUGUGAAACUUUUAUUUCUUUCAAUCGCUUUAUUUUAAUGGUCAAAGGGAUUGUCGGAAAGCCUGAAAGCAUCGCGUAAAUAUUUGUGUAAAAAUGAAACUCGGGGAAUUAUUUCAUAAAGUAAUUGGUGCUGUUUCGUGUAUACCGUGUUCGUGAUAUAUUCGCGCUUCAUUGGGUUGUGUUGUUAAGCAAUUUUAGUACACGCAUCAUAUCAGAAAUGUUAAAUGAUACGGAAUACUUAUUACGUACCCAGUAAUAAAAUUCUUUAUAUUUUCCUUCGAGGUAUCGUGGUACACUUUUUUCACUAAUUAGUAUUCAGCUCUCUUUGGAGACCGAUAACUAAUUUGUAGGUACAAGAAAAUUCUGUCUCACAGAUGUACUGAGUAUCUGGAAUGUCAUAAUGUAUAAUUUAUCAAUUGAGUGUUAUGGUAUUAUGUGUGACACUAGAUAUGAUUUUUAUCUUAAGAAAUCUUUGGA